AUGUUGCAGCUUUCAAUUCAAAGAGUGAGAAAUUUGAAGGCUUUGAGGCCUGCGAUCUUUGCUCUCAGAAGCUCUCACUUCUCCACAGCUGCCGAGCCAUCUUCCAAGCAGGGUAGCCCUCCGAGCGUUCCCAAUCUAAUUGGAGGUAGUUUUGUUAAAUCACAAUCAUCUGCGUCCAUUGAUGUUAUCAACCCUGCAACACAAGAAGUUGUUUCACAAGUUCCUUUGACCACAAAUGAAGAGUUUAAAGCUGCAGUGUCUGCAGCAAAGCAGGCUUUUCAAUCAUGGCGCCACACACCAGUUACGGCCCGUCAACGUGUCAUGUUCAAGCUCCAAGAGCUUAUUCGGAGAGACAUUGAUAAGCUUGCCUUGAAUAUUACCACUGAACAGGGAAAGACAUUGAAGGAUGCACAUGGAGAUGUGUUUCGUGGGCUAGAGGUGGUGGAGCAUGCUUGUGGUACGGCAACUCUGCAAAUGGGGGAGUAUGUUUCUAACGUAGGAAGUUACUAUUCGGCAUUGGACAUUUGUUGCACCACGAUGACAAAACU